AUGGAACUUUGUGAGGAUGGACAGCUUCAAAGUGGAUCCACAGAUAUAAAUGCGUGUGAUACGGAGUGUGAUGUGGUUCUCCGGGCUGGCAGCGACCAUCCCGUGACCUGCGAUCCCAGAACCCUGCACAACCUGACGGCCUUAGAGAAGAGCUGCCCGCUGCCCCCGCCCUAUGGCAAGGUGCAGACAGACAUCGAGCCCCACAUGCGGAGGAUACUGGCAGUCUGGAUGUUUCAGGUGUGUGAGGAGCAGAAAUGUGAAGAAGAGGUGUUCCCAUUGUCGGUGUAUUUGCUGGACUGUUACCUGAGCCGCUUCGCCACUGAAAAGUCCAACCUGCAGCUUUUAGGGUCUGUUUGCAUGUUCCUGGCCUCCAAAAUGAGAGAGACUGUCCACCUGACGGCCAGCACGCUUUGCAUCUACACAGAAAACUCCAUUUCAGUUUCAGACAUCCUGCAGUGGGAGGUGGAAGUCGUGUCCAGGUUAGACUGGUGUCUGGCGUCUGUGGUACCCUCUGACUUCCUGGAGCCAGUUCUGCACGCUCUCCCCUUUGUUCAGCCCCACCACUUUCCUAACAUGCGCAGGCAUGUUCACUCCUACAUUGCUCUGUCAGUCACUGACGGCAGGUUUUCAGUGUUCUCUCCCUCCACUGUUGCAUGUGCCUGUGUGAGCAUUGCCACACAGAGGCUACAGUUAUCGGACUCCUCUGAUUCAGUGAUGACGUUUUUGGCCAACCUUUUGGUCAUUGAUCUGAGCCCUGUCCUCCUCUGCUAUGAGCAACUGGGCAGUGUGUUGGAGCUCAGCCUACCCUCUGGUUUCCAGGCAAGUGUUAGCAGAUCAGGAGCAAACAGCUCAGAGAUCAGCUACACCCCUGCUGUCUUUCAGGAUGCUGUAUUGACACCAGUGACAUCUCCCCAGGAAAUCCAUCUCAAACACUCCUCCCUGACAUGACUGGCUAAAAUGAAUUAUAGAUGCAUGUACAUGUGCAUGUAGAAGAAAUAGCCUAAAUAUCAAGAUAAAUGUUUCUAAAUGCCAUUUCUCUUUUAUCAUAGUUUUUUGCAAGUUCCUUCUGCGACAUGUAGAGCUUUUAGAGUUUGAGAUUGCUUUUGUUAUAUCUACUUUUCAAAUAUAUAUUUAGCAUUAAUCUUGAUUAAUUGAAAAUGUAAUGAAAUCUUCAUAUCUGGACAGUUCUAAUGAUUUUGAAAAUAUGUUUUAUGCAUGGUUUCAACACAGUAUUGAAUUGCCUUGUGGCUUUUAUCAAUAUUCGGCAACAUAAAAUAUGUUGUAAAAAAAACAAAACAUUUGCAUGUGGGUCACAU